AUGCCAAGUUAUGACAGCGUGAAAGUGGCAGUACGUAAUCUAGGACUUGUAGUCAACACUAAGAAGUCCAACCUCCAACCAACUCAGCAGAUUCGUUUCAUCGGCACAUUGCUAGACUCCACCACUCGUAUGGUACAACUUCUGGAAGACCGCUUCCGCGCUCUGCGCACAUCGCUCCUGCACAUUCUUCACCACCCUUACUCAACAGCCAGGGAUAUACAGACCAUUCUCAGCCACAUGGCCUCCACAACAGCAGUCACUCCAUAUGCCCGCCUCCGAAUGAGACUGCUACAGGCCUGGUUCAUCAAAGUGUUCGACCCCCUCAGGGACAGUCCAUACACCAGACUCUCCCUCCCAGUGGACGUCCGCCACUCCCUCCAAUGUCCUUUUAAAAGCAGCCUAUUAUUUCUACAGAGAGAGAAAAAUGUCGGCAGCCGAUGUGUAAUCUCUAUGAACGCCAGCACGACAAGCAUACAUGAUCCCAAGAAUCCAAGCCACGUGAAAACAUUCACCUUUGACCUGGCCUAUUGGUCCCACAGCGGAUUUUUGAAGGACCCUGAUGGCAAGCUCAUUUCAGCUGGGCCGAACAGCAAAUACUCAGGACAGAAAGAAGUUUUCCGUGAUCUUGGACUGGGAGUUCUGCAUAGUGCGUGGCAAGGUUACAAUGCCACUUUGUUGGCCUAUGGCCAGACUGGCUCAGGGAAGAGCUAUUCCAUGAUUGGAUACGGUUCCAACAGAGGCAUCAUUCCCGUGGUGUGUGAAGAGCUCUUUAAAACAAUUCAAAACCAAGAGAAGAAUAAGCAGUAUCAGGUGACAUUUAGCAUGCUGGAAAUUUAUAAUGAACAGGUGACAGAUUUGCUAUCUAAAAUCAAGAAGCGGGGUGGACUCAAAGUAAGGGAAGAUCAGCAGCAAGGCUUCUAUGUGGAUGGCUUGAAACGAGUGCCUUGCGACAGUUAUGCCCAGAUUGAGAGACUAAUGGAGCAAGGUACCAAAAUAAGGACCACUGCUUCAACGAGUAUGAAUGCCACCAGCAGCCGGUCUCAUAUGCUCAUCACCAUCCAGUUCAAACAGAUUUUACUGAGAGAAGAUAUCACUAAACAAUCAAUAAUAAAUCUGGUGGACCUGGCCGGCAGCGAGAGACAAAAGUCCUCAGGGUCGGAAGGAGACAGACUGAAGGAAGGCUCCCGUGUAAAUCUGAGCUUAACCACUUUAGGAAAUGUUAUCAGUGCUCUAGCUGAGGCUGCCAUGGGAAAGAAAGUGUUGCAUGUCCCAUACAGAGAUUCGGUUCUUACAAAACUCUUGCAAUCUGCUUUGGGAGGAAACAGCAGAACUAUUAUGAUCGCGGCUAUCAGUCCAGCUGACAUAUGCUAUGAGGAGACAUUGUCAACACUACGCUAUGCUGAGAGAACAAAAAAGAUAAAAAACAAAGCAGUGAUAAAUACAGGUCCAACAGCAAAGUUGAUAAAUGAGCUGAAGGCAGAAAAUUGUAACCUGUUCUCCAGAUUGUCAGAUCUUGGAAACUCUGGUAGAAAUGUGGAAGAUGAAACAAAAGAGCUUCGUUGUUUACUUGCUGAAAAUGAACUGAGGAUUCAAGCCAUUCAAGCCACUUGGGAAUAUCGGCUGGAAGAAGCCCGGAAAGAAUGGGAGCAGCAAUAUGCCGCAGUCACUCAGGAGAGAUGGAUGAUGGAAACAUUUCCUUAUAUUGUGAAUAUCAAUGAAGACCCUCAACUUUCAGGAGUUCUCAAGUAUUUUGUUCAAAAAGGUUCUUCUGAUGUUGGUCAGUCACCCUCAAAUGCAAUAAUUCUGAGAGGUCUGGGCAUUUUGGAUAAGCAUGCAACAUUUUCAAAUGCUGAUGGCAAAGUUACAAUAACUCCUCAGGAUAAGUGUAAAGUCAUUGUCAAUGGGGUCCCCAUUGUUGUAAAAACCAAACUACAACAUCUGGAUCGUAUUAUCUUGGGAUCUAACAAUGCCUACCUCUACAUUGGUCCUCCUACUGAUCGCACCAGGGAGGAUCUGAGCAGAUAUGAUUAUGAUUUUGUUCAGUCAGAGCUGGCAGCUGCAGAAGGUUUCAGUGUAGAUACACUUAGUUCUGCAAAUAGGAAGGAUGGCAAGCCAGAUCCCAGUGUCCUUGCUGUCUUCCAUGAUUAUCUUAAGUUAAUGCCCCUGGUUGCUGAAGCAAAUCAGAUGAGUGUGGAACUGAAGAAGGAUUUAGAGAUGGAAUUGAAAGUGAAAAACUUGGCAUCUUCUGACUCAAGAGGCUACGACCUGCAAAAAGAGGUCAUAGUGAAAGUAUCAAACAAAGUUACUAACCAGGUGUGGAUUUGGUCAAAGCCCAAGUUCAUCAAUAGGAAGUUUUUAAUGGAAGAGCUUUAUCAGUACUUUUUAGAUGGAGAAGAUGUGCAAGUUGACAAAGAGAGUGAUCCAUUCUGGGAUCCUGUGGAAGUAAUUCACUUAGGGUCAGCCCAUAUCUGGCUCCAGUCCCUUGCUUACUGUAUGAAACUCGAAGAACAAACAGAACUCUUGAAUUCUGAAGGAAUGGAGGAGGCCAUCAUACUAAUUAAUAUAAUCCCAUGUUCUCCAAAUGGGAGAAUCUUUGGAGAGGAUGACAUGAUUAUUGACCCUCUGGAGUUGCUUGGUAAAAGGAUUGAUUUCCAAAUUCACAUUUUACAGUGCCUUGGUAUCAAAUGGAUUAAAGAAGUGGCACAUAGAGGGAUACAGAUUGGAUAUAAAAUUUAUGACCUCUCUUGCUCAUUAUACACAAAACCUACUUGGAGAAAUGUGAAUCCGAAGAUAGAUGAAGUAAUCAGAUUUUCAGCUAUGAAGACAUCCCAUGAUUUUUUGAAUUAUCUGCAGAAAAAUGCUUUAAUAAUUGACUUGUGGGGGCUUCAAGAAGGAUGUGAAGAACUGGACUCAGAUCAAGAACUCAUGGAAGUCACUGGUGAGGGCACUAUUAUCAUUGAUAAUCCUAAAGCUGAGGCUCUGAACUACACUGGUUUGGAAAGAGAAAACAAAACUCCUGAACUUUACCAAAAACUACAAAAGCUAGAACAAGAGACUGAAUUGCUCAGAGAUAUUAACAGAGGUCUACGGGAAGAAAAUGUACUUCUAAAGGAUAAAUUGAAAGCAUGUGAGGCAGAAGUCCAGCAGAGUAAAACCUUAAAAUCUCCCACAAAAGCCCAAGCAACCAAGGUAACACCAGCAGCAUCAAAAGACUCUCGCCUGGUGUGUUAUUCCCGAGUAAGCUGCGACGCUGAAUUUGCUAAAGCUCUCAAAGCCUUUUACCAGAAUAUGAAUGUCAUCAGAGGACAGUACUUAAAAAUAAUGCACUACAGAGCUCCGGAAGAAGACAACAUUCAACUACUUCGCCUUUUUGCAGAGAAGCAAUCAGACAUGUUAAAGGAUUUUGGAGAACAACUUGAGUCAAGCAUAAAUAAAUUGAAAAACGAUGUUGCCUUAAUAGUUAAAAAGAAACGAGAAAGGCUAGGUUACAGUAAGCCAUGAAGUCACACUGCAGUAUCCCGUCACUAAAUAAAUUGUAAUGCUAUAGCAUA